UAUAAAUGACCCGUAUUGGAAUCCUUUAAUCAAAUAUGAUAGAACCAAAUUAAUAACUUUAUAAGUAUUGAGUUCAGCAGUUCGCCUAUCUUGGAUGAUUCAGUUAUCAAGAAAUAUUAUAACAAGCUCUAUAAAAUAAACCUGUUGUUCACAAAUGCAACCCAGUUGAAAGUCGCUAUCUUCCUAGCUGAUCAACGCUUACGUACAUUCAAUAAAUGUCUUGCUAACUCUAAGACAAGUCCCCUUUUGAACCUCGACAUUUAUGGGAAAUCUGUAAGAUCAAAUGCAGACAAUGAUAGUUUUAAAACAAAGUUAAACCUGGAAUGUCUUUAUAGGAGUCUUUCUCCAGUGCUGAAUAAUCUACAGCUUUCUUUGUUGCUCCAUAGAUUCCACCUCAGUCGUAGAAUUAUUGGAAGAAUCUUUACAGAUGCAUCCCAGACUGUGAAUAUUCAAUUUUCUCAUUGAGAUAUGGAAAUGGGUGGUGUAAAAGUUAGCAAUUUUUUAAAAUAUGCAAUAAGGAGAGUCAGGCUGGUUUACUGUCAAGAUGUAUCUAACCUCGAGGAAACACCUUGUAUGGAUCUUAUCAUAGCAUUAAUUUCAACUAAUCUAUCAAACUCCCUCGAAAACAUAAAUCUUGAAAGCUCAGGCUUCACAGGAGAAGACAUCGAAACUCUUUUCCACGACUACGAAUUCUUCAAUUUAAAAUUCACAAUCCGCCAAGGUAGCGAUACCCGCAUUCUCGAAGCCCCCUCAACCACCCCCCAAAAGAAACCCAAACAGUGAUCUAUUUUCUAACCCACCCCCUUAUCCCCCUAAAAAUCUUAAUUUCAA